CACAUUAUUGGGGAUCGUGGUGAGUGUCGCUGAGGUAUUACCACUGUAAACCGGCUGGCUGUCAGUGACAAGUAGAAGGAGAGAGUUGACGGUACCAAUAUGGCGGUGAGGUUAAAAGCAAUGUUCCAGCCUAAUAUUCAACAGUACGCUAUCGUUAAGGGGGAUAAAGCCACGUUGGUGCAAAGUUUAAUCAACGCCUUAUAACAAUAACAUCUAUCGUGUCUAACUAUCAUUACUAUUAAGCUAUUUAUUUUUGCUAAUGAUUAUCGCGCCACGAGGCUUCCUGAGUUUAUUUCUUCCCAUAAAUUUUUUUAUUUUAGAAAAAAUAAUUAAUAUAUAACCAGUGACGGCCACAAAUAUCUUAAUAAAUAUUUUUGACAUUUAUAAAAUCGUGUGAAUAAUUAAAUAUUUAAAUUAAUGUAAUAUAAUAGAGAAGAAUUAGAUAUAACAAUAACAACUGCAAGUGUAUUAGAAGAUAGUGCUGUGAGUUUUGAUAAGUUACUAAAGGAAAUACUGUCAAGAGUUGUAUAAGGAGAGUAUUUACAUUAGCUUUUUAAGUAAGUAGACUUAGACAAAUAUCAAAUUUUCCUGCCACAAUGUCAAUUGUAAUGCAGUAUGUUGAUCGAUUCCAUGAAAUUCUGGAUAAAAAUGCAGACGCUCGGACGACCAAUUGGUUUUUAAUGCAUUCACCUUUUCCAACGUUAAUAAUAUGCCUGAGUUAUGUUUACCUUGUAAAAGUAUUAGGACCAAAACUUAUGGAGAAUCGCAAACCAUUUCAACUAAAGAAAGUUUUGAUCGUUUAUAAUUUAUUUCAAGUUAUAUUCUCAACAUGGAUAUUUUACGAGAGUCUCAUGGGAGGCUGGUGGGGCCACUAUAGUUUCCGUUGUCAACCAGUGGACUAUUCAGACAAUCCAAUCGCGAUAAGAAUAGGAAUGUCCGGAUGGCUGACGGGAGAUUACUCGCUAAAGUGCCAACCUGUAGACUACAGCGACCGACCUCAAGUACUGAGGAUGGUCCAUGCUAGUUGGUGGUACUACUUUUCAAAAUUUACAGAGUUUCUUGACACGAUAUUUUUCGUUCUUCGGAAGAAGAAUAAUCAAAUAUCGACUCUUCACGUAAUUCACCAUGGGUGUAUGCCCAUGUCAGUAUGGUUUGGAGUUAAAUUCACUCCCGGUGGCCAUUCAACGUUCUUCGGUUUGCUCAAUUCAUUUGUCCACAUCGUCAUGUACACUUACUACCUCUUAGCAGCUCUUGGACCCCAAGUACAACCUUAUCUCUGGUGGAAAAAAUACCUCACAGUCUUCCAAAUGAUACAAUUUAUAGCCGUUAUGAUCCAUGCAUUCCAGUUACUCUUCAUUGAAUGUAAUUAUCCAAAAGCGUUUGUGUGGUGGAUUGGACUUCAUGCAGUCAUGUUCUUCUUCCUAUUUAAUGAAUUCUACAAGCAACAGUACAGUGAUAAAAAAUCAAGCAUUCAAGCUAAGAAUGCAGCAAUUGCAGCUGCGAACGCUGCUACAAAUAACUGCAUGCCUAAUGGUCUGUCCAAUGGCAAGAGCCAUGUAACUUCUAAUGGGACAAGUUCACAUAGUGGUGCUGAAAAUGAUGUUAAUCUUCGAAAGCCAUACAAGAUAACAGAAUGAUAGGAUCGUCAGAACUAUGUACAAAGAAAAAUAUUCCACAAUUUAUGAGUUUUCAUCCAUAAUUUAUCGCUCGACUUUCUCGGUUAAAUCACUGGAAAAUUAUAGCGUCGAUGCUUCUUUAUAUCUUUUCCAUCUGCUGUGAGAAGAAAGAUCCGCAUUCAUACCUCUUUAUGGAUUUAUAUUAUAGAA